AUAUUCAUUGUCUCCUGGCGAGCCUCAGCUGUUGUCCUUCGUCGUUCUCGUUUAUGUUUUAUGUCUUUCCUACAGGAUCCGGAAAUAUCUGCAGUGUGAUAACCCUCUUGCGGGGCAAAUAGUUUAGAAAUAUGGAAUCGCAUAAUAAACCUGUGGAUGGAAUCGAAGAAGUUGUGUGUUACGAAUUUAGUGAUCAACCUAGUACAAGCCGCGGACAUACGCGGCGUAGACCUGUGAGAUCUAAUGAUUCUGUUGACCCUAAACUGGAACUGGUCCCUGAUUUGGAACUUUUUUCCGAGUUGAAAGAUGUUUUAGCUGUAGAAGAUUCGCUGGAUGAAGAGAGUGAAGGAUGUCCUCUUCCUGGAACUCCUGAGACAGAAUCUCUGAUGGACCCAAAGGAGCAAGAGCUAUGCCGACGUGCAGAAGAAUUUAUGCACAAAGUCUGGGAAGGUGUUCAGUCUUGGAAUGUCCAGCCUUUUUCCAAGCUCCCAAGAUGGCUGCAGGACAAUGAUUACCUACACGAUUGGCACAGACCACCACUGCCUUCCUUUUCUGAAUGCUUCAAGUCCAUUUUCCGGAUCCAUACAGAAACUGGCAAUAUAUGGACUCAUUUGCUAGGUUGCGUGGCAUUCAUCGGCCUCACCGUAUACUACAUGAGUACACGAUCUGAUGAUCUAGAAACCAAACUGGUCUUCACAACAUUCCUUGUGGGAGCCAUUCUGUGUCUGGGGCUCUCCACGACCUUCCACACUGUUUCCUGCCAUUCAGAAUUUGUGGGCAAACUCUUUUGCAAAUUUGACUACUGUGGCAUUGCAUUUCUGAUUAUGGGAUCAUUCGUGCCGUGGCUGUACUACGGAUUUUACUGCGAUUUCCAGCACAAGCUCAUCUAUCUUACGAGCGUCUUCGUGCUCGGCGUUAGCACUAUUGUUGUAUCGCUCUGGGACAAGUUUAGCACGCCCGUGUACCGGCCUCUCAGAACCAGUGUGUUCCUGGUGUUCGGUCUGUCAGGCAUCAUCCCUGCAGUGCACUAUACUGUGCGUGAGGGCCUGGACGUCGCCCUCUCCCGCGCUGCUCUCGGUCCGCUUGCCCUCAUGGGCACCCUGUAUGUGCUUGGUGCAGUUUUCUAUGCCGUACGAGUGCCAGAAAGAUGGUUCCCUGGGAAGUGCGAUUUGUGGUUCCACAGUCACCAGAUCUUCCACACGCUUGUGGUGGCGGCUGCGUUCGUCCACUACCACGGCAUAUCGCGCAUGGCGAUGUACCGACACGCUCAUGGCCAGUGCACUGAACUGGAGGAAGAUGUCGCCAGCAGCGACACUCUUUAUACGUCGGACCACAUCUGAGACUACAAGCUAUUUCGCUCUGUGUUUGAACUUUCACACCAGUGAAAGUAAGGAAGCUUCACUUAGUAAUCUGUUGUAGACAACGAGGUCUGUUGGAAGCCAGUAAGAUUUGACCAAUAUGUUUGGUGCUAUUCUGUUUCCAUUAAUGUCGGCUCACCGAUGUAGAUGUGAUGAUAACAAGUGACAUAGAAAGGAUGAUUCUGACGCUGCACGCUACGACUCUUUGAUGUGCUAUUUGAUCCGUUGAAUAGCAUUUAUUUAUGUAUCGUCACACAUUUUUGAUCAAUGAUAUGGUGGAGGUUCUUUUCUAGUUGCUCAAACGAUCAUUAAAUAUGUCUGGGGACUUGAGGCUAUUUGUCAACCCAUGAAGCGAAGAUGCGACGAAGCGUUUUUGAACAAGUAAUGAAAAUUCAAGGGUUCUUGCUGCUAUUUUUCUGCAGUACUGGGGCAAGUUCAAUUACGACAGUUAUUAUUAUUAUAUGUUAUUCUACCAUCGUUUCAACUUUCCAAUUGCAGGCUCUGUUGUCUAUGCAAAUUUUUUCUAUCAGGAUACUUUUUUUAGUUCAAGAAAGUACUCUAUUCCAUGUCUCUAUUGUCGUAAUACUUCAUGUGAAAUUAUUAAAUAGCGCGGUAUAAUAGCAGCAUAGGCGCAAAAUCGAUUUUUAUCUUUCCCACUCCACUGAAAUCCUUCGAAUGUUUCUGAAUUAUGUCGCCAUAAUAUGACAUUUUUACAGUCACAGCAUACUAAUAACUAGACAUCUGUAUUUUGUCUUCUAUUUAUCUGUUUUUCCUUUUACUCACACUUUCGAAGAGAUUUGAACGUUCAUAUUUUAUUUGGGAUUUAAAACGUUAUGUUGUUUCAAAUAUCAAAAUGUCCUGCACCAAAAGUCUGCAACGUCUCUUCACUUAUAGUUAAACGUGUUAGUGGCACGAGACGAUUAAUUAAAGCAGAAAUGUUGACUUGUUUUGAAUCGCAUUCCGUAGGCUUGUUGAGAACUUUAACCCAUUAAAGAUCGUAACAGGCCAUGUGUUAUGCAUGUCCGUUCAUUGUCCAUCGUCGGUAUCAUCACAAUGUUCAUUGCUUAUUUCAUGCCAUGUGCAUCUAGCGAUUAUUCUUUGUAGUCCACGUCAAGAUGAGAAGUGUAUUUUGCAACAGUGUGAGCUCGUUAUUUCUAGUUGCAUCCGUGAACUAGAUAGUGAUAGUGAAGUGGGAGUUAUAGAGGCAUUUUCUCCCUUAAGUAGUAACACUAGUAUAGCAAGAGUGUAAAUAUGAAAAAAUUUAUUUAUCGACUGUUCGUUUUCCAUUUCAGAGGUGUAUCUUUGCCGUUGAAAUCAGCUUAUUGUUGGACUUCUCUCUGCUUGUAUCAGUGAUCAGUCUGUCUAAUACUUUGAUGUUGCCUAUUUUUUCGGUUGAUUUUUAUUAUUCACCGCUGUUCUGAGGGUUUUUGUCUCUUCAUCGUAUUAUAGACCGGUCAGUGUUAGGCUCUCAUUGGUCAAUUAUCGAUGCAAACUUCACGGUGCGAAUCAUCACUGUUUUUAUCCUGUUACCCUGGAGGUUCGUUGUAACCCUUGAAAAACUCGCACUUGGUUCUUGAGCCCGCGUUCACCUGAUAUUUUUAACCUGUGCAUCAUGGAGUGUAGGUACGAACCCACAUCGAAUAAUUUCCAUUUGAGUAUUACUUCUUGUGCUUGGUAAUCAGAAAAGUUCAGUAUUUUAGAUGAUCUUCUGGAUUUUAUAUGCGCACUGAUUGGUCUAUUGAUACGUAUCGGAUAAUUAAACAGUUUGAUUUGUUAUUUUUUGUCCUUUCUUGUGACGUUUAGUCAGUGACCUAGUACUUGAAAGAUAUUUUCGUUUUUCUAGAAGUUUCAUGGGACAGGAAAUUUUUUUAUCAUUUUUCAUUUGCUAUCGUCUUAAUGCUGGAUUUUUAAGCGUUGAGUGAUAUUUAGACCCACGUUGCGGACUGCGCUGCUGCCUUAUCCUAGAUCAAUAGAGUAAAUAAUUCAUGUGCCCUUUCUAACUUAUUUUUCUUGAGGCUGAACAGGGCUUGUGCACGGAUGACCUACAAUAGGGUAUAAUCAUUAAUAAAACCGCGCAUAUG